AUGACAUACGCUUCUCCGGUGUUCCUUCUCGUCCAGACCCUUGCAAUCUAUGCAACAUCUUGGGCUCUCUGGCGCGUCGUUCGGUCUCUCUUCAUUAGGUCGCCGUUCCAUGAAUUGCCUGGACCCCCUCGGGACUCUCUUAUAACUGGCAAUCUAUCCCAUGUCUACAGCCCAGAAGGCAUACCAUGGCAUUUCAACAUGUCCAAGAAAUAUGGGCGUGUAUUCAGAGUCCAUGGGUUGUUCGGAGCUGAGCAACUGUACGUCUCUGAUCCUAGGGCACUCCAUCACAUCGUAGUCAAGGAUCAAUCCGUCUACGAGGAAACGUCAAUGUUCACCGAGGGUAACCGACUCAUCUUUGGUGACGGCUUACUAUCGACUGGAGGUGAUGACCAUAAACGCCAGCGCAAACUCUUGAACCCGGCCUUCUCCGCGGCACACCUACGACAACUCGUCCCGAUUUUCUACCCAAUAACGUACCAGCUCCGAGAUGUCUUAGAUGGAUUAUUGCAAGAUGGCCCCCAAGAGAUUGAUAUGCUCAACUGGAUGUCCCGCACUGCACUAGAAUAUAUCGGCCAAGGCGGGCUGGGCUACUCUUUCGAUAGCUUCAAUCAAAAGAGCAUUAAUCCGUACAGUCAAGCCGUCAAGGACCUUUUCCCGGCUGUCUUCCAAUUUGCUGUGGUCCGCCAAUAUCUCCCUUACCUCGUCAAAAUAGGGACACCAAGCCUCAGAAGACAUCUUCUCGAACUGAUCCCGAGUGAUGCUCUUCAGCGAGUCAAGGAAAUCGUCGACACCAUGCACAAUACUUCGGUAAAUAUCUUUAAGCGCAAGAAGGCGGCACUUGAAGCGGGAGAGGAAGUGUCUUCCUUGGAAGUCGGGAAAGGAAAAGAUCUCAUGAGUUUACUGCUCAAGGCCAAUUCCGUCGCAGAUGAACGUGAUAGAUUGCCCGACAACGAGUUACUUGCGCAAAUGAACACGUUGAUCUUCGCCGCUCACGAUACCACGUCCAGUUCCUUAGCCCGAAUGUUGCAUAUUCUAGCGCUGCACCCUAAGGAGCAAGAGCGCGUUCGUGCCGAAGUCAUUGCCGCUAGGGCAAAUGUCAAUGGCGCCGACUUUAGCUAUGAUGAACUUAUGGCAUUGCCGUAUCUAGACGCCGUCGUCCGAGAAUCACUAAGACUGCAUGCGCCAUUUACCUUCAUAUCUCGCACAGCUCGAAAGGAGAUGAUAUUGCCGUUCUCCACGCCAAUCCCCGUCCAAGACCCCUCGCCCAAUGGGCGUACCCAUGUAACUUCGGUACAUGUCAAGCCUAACACAAACAUCAUUCUAGGCCUUGGCGCUGCCAACCGUGAUCCACAGAUAUGGGGAGAGGAUGCUGAUGAGUGGUUGCCGGAUCGAUGGCUAGAUCAACCUCCUGAGGAAGUUGCCAAGGAACGACUUCCAGGCAUUUACUCGGGCAUUAUGACAUUCAUGGGCGGCGGAAGAGCUUGCAUCGGUGCAAAAUUCUCCAUCGUCGAAAUCAAAAUCGUCCUUACUAUGCUCCUCGAGAAGUACAGAUUCGAGCUUCCUCGUGAUGAGAUUGUAUGGCGAAAUAACAGCAUGGCAACCCCAACGACUAGUCGACGACUACACGAUACUCCCCAUCUUCCCCUCAAAGUUUCAUACAUCUGA